GAGAUAAUGAGACUCCACUGCAGAAGCUGUCAGUUUCAUCUGGCUUAUAAAUACAACACAAUGCACUGCACUGCACUACAGUACACUACACUACACCACACUACACCACACUACACUCCAAAAAGUCAUGACGAAGUAAUCCAGUUGACAAACUGCAAAGUUUUCAAUCCGACACUGGCAUUCUCAUUCAUUGAGACUGCAUUAUGAAAGCAAGUGGCCGUGGCAAAGCCAUCCACUCCUCCCUCCGUUUCCACUAUAAGAAACGAAGAUGACGUAUGUGGUGAUAGCUUAUGCACUUUCCUUCCGGCUAAGCAGAUUUGGAUUCUAUGUAAUGUGUAGAAAGAAAUAUCCGUUGAUCGUUCAUCGUUCAUCGAACAUCUAUCUCCAACCUCAUACACACACAUAUACAUAUAUAUAUAUAACAGGUCUUGCACUCCCAGCUGGAGGGAAAAUCACUCAGUAUAAGAAUAACUCCUUGGAUCUUUCCUCGCAUAGUUCUCGUUUCUAGCAAAGCUUCACAUCUCAUCACGUUACAUCUUAACAUCCACCUACGAAAUCCAUAUCAAUCACCACCACCAUGGGUGCAACACGCUACGCCAACAUCGACGACGAAGCAUCGAUCAUCGAGAUCGUAAACGAAGCCGCUCCAAACACUCCCUAUUUCACACCCAAACAAGACCCCGUUUCAGGCACAGCCAUUGCCACCAAGACCGACGGGCAAGAAAUUCCUCCUCUUUUCACCCCCUUGAAAAUCAGAGAUGUAGAGCUCCAAAACCGUAUUCUGCUCUCACCCCUCUGCCAAUACUCCGCCGAAGACGGCCACCAAACAGACUGGCACCUCGCGCAUCUCGGGGGCAUAAUUUCACGCGGCCCCGGGCUUUCCUUUAUCGAAGCCACGGCCGUGCUCCCCGAAGGACGCAUUACGCCUGAGGAUUGCGGGCUUUGGAAAGAUUCUCAAAUCGCGCCUUUGCGACGCAUCGUGCAAUUUGCGCAUAGUCAGGGCCAGAAGAUCGGGAUCCAACUUGCGCAUGCUGGAAGAAAAGCAAGUACCGUGGCUCCGUGGUUGAGUAUGUCACGAGGUCCGGCGGCUCCUUCGAAAAAUGUGAAUGGAUUUGAAAAUGAUGGGUUCACACCGGCUCAUGGAUGGCCAGAUAACGUGAAGGGACCUAGUCCCAUCGCCUACAAAGACAAGAACAUCAUCCCCCACGAGAUGACCCUUGAUGAUAUCAAGUCUCUAGUCCAAGCCUUUGGAGACGCAACUCGACGUGCCAUCGAGGCCGGAUUCGACGCCAUCGAGAUCCACGGUGCACACGGCUACUUACUCCACCAAUUUCUCUCUCCCGCCUCUAACAAGCGCACCGAUGACUACGGCGGUAGUUUUGAGAACCGCACGCGCGUCGUCCUCGAAAUCGUAGAUCGCACCCGCCAAAUCAUGCCUAAGAACAUGCCCCUAUUCUUCCGCGUGAGCGGAAGCGAAUGGCUGGAACACCUCGCCCCCGAACCCAGUUGGGACAUCCAAGAAUCCAUCAAACUAGCCAAGAUUCUCGCCACGCGCGGCGUCGACGUCCUCGACGUUUCCAGCGGUGGAAAUGAUCCCCGACAAAAGAUUAAGGGGGGCCCGGCAUACCAGACUCCAUUCGCGCGCCAGAUUAAGUUGGCGGUGGGAGAUAGUCUUCUUGUGGGAACUGUCGGAUCUAUCACGUCGGGUGUGCAAGCGAACGAUUUGUUGAAGGAUAACGGGCUUGACAUGAUCUUUAUCGGGAGAAUGUUCCAGAAGAACCCAGGCCUAGUCUGGACGUUUGCGGAUGAGUUGGGUGUGGAUAUCAAAGUCGCAAACCAGAUUCAAUGGGGCUUUGGUGGACAUCGCCGAAAGUGAUUUAUUAGAAGAAGAUCGAUAGAAUAUCAGAGAGGAAAAAUAGAUGAUGUUUGGUGGUUAUAGAUUUUGAUUCAAUAGAUACUGAGGAAUUCAAUUAGACAAUUACAUUUCAGGCUUCUAAAUCGUUACUUUA